AUGGGAACGCCUGGGAAUGUUUCCUGGAUCCAGCAACUGGGCGUGGAGGAUCCACUAGCCAUGUACCUGAACAGCACGGAGGAGUACCUGGCGCGCGUGUGUGGACCCAGGCGCAGCCACCUGUCCCUCCCGGUGUCCGUGGCCUAUGCGCUGAUCUUCCUGGUGGGGGUCGUGGGCAACCUCUUGGUGUGCCUGGUGAUCCUCCGGCACCAGACCCUGAAGACACCCACCAAUUACUACCUGUUCAGCCUGGCUGUCUCGGACCUGCUGGUCCUGCUCCUGGGGAUGCCUCUGGAAGUCUACGAGAUGUGGUACAACUACCCCUUCAUCUUUGGGCCGGUGGGAUGCUACUUCAAGACGGCCCUCUUCGAGACCGUGUGCUUCGCCUCCAUCCUCAGCAUCACCACGGUCAGCGCGGAGCGUUACGUGGCCAUCGUCCACCCAUUCCGGGCCAAGCUGGAGAGCACAGCUGCCCUUCAGGGUUUUGACAUCGUGGAGCUGAAGAGAGAUGAAUCCCUUGAGGCAGAUGAAAUGACUUCGAACAUUCACAGACCCUCCCGAAAGUCAGUCACCAAGAUGCUGUUUGUGCUGGUCCUUGUGUUUGCCAUCUGCUGGACCCCCUUCCACGUCGACCGACUCUUCUUCAGCUUUGUGGAGGAGUGGACCGAGUCCCUGGCUGCUGCGUUCAACCUCAUCCACGUGGUGUCAGGUGUCUUCUUCUAUUUGAGCUCGGCUGUCAACCCCAUUAUCUAUAACCUCCUGUCCCGCCGCUUCCGUGCAGCCUUCCGGAAUGUGAUCUCUCCUUCCUGCAGAUGGAGGCACUGCCAGGAUCAGCCUCAGGGGACAUCCACCCAGAGGAACAUCUUCCUGACACAAUGUCGCCUUGUGGAUCUGACUGAGGACGCAGGCCCCCGUUUGCCUUGUCUGUCACCCAUCUACAACUUGCACCUCUCCACAGUCCCCUGCACUGGGCAGGCAUUGUGA